AUGGAAAUGGAAUCACGUGUCCCUCCAGGCUUUCGAUUUCACCCCACCGAGGAAGAACUCGUUGGCUACUACCUGAAGAGACGGGUUAACGCCAUGAAAAUUGAUCUUGAUAUCAUCAUGGACAUCGAUCUCUACAGAAUGGAGCCCUGGGAUAUUCAAGAAAGGUGCAAAUCAGGAUAUGAAGAACAAAAUGAGUGGUACUUCUUCAGUCACAAGGACAGAAAGUAUCCAACAGGAACACGAACUAAUAGGGCGACUGCUGCCGGUUUCUGGAAGGCAACCGGAAGGGAUAAGGCAGUAAUUUCGAGCAACAAAAUGAUAGGGAUGAGGAAGACAUUAGUGUUCUACAAAGGACGUGCUCCAAAUGGAAGGAAAUCUGACUGGAUCAUGCACGAAUAUCGGCUCCAAACAUCCGAAUAUGGACCCGUUCAGGAAGAAGGAUGGGUGGUUUGUCGCGCAUUCAAGAAGCCAACUCCAAAUCAAAAUCAAGGUUUUGAAGCUUGGAACAAUGUUUACUAUACCAGAUCAAUCAACAACAAUUACAGGCCUAAUUCAUCCUAUCCGAGCACCUCAAGUUCAAUGCAACCUUUUGAUCCAAUUAACCAAGGGACAAAUUUUCAGCAGUCUCCAUUUGGUAUGAUUUUAGAAAAUCAAAUAGUUGAACUUCCAGAACUCGAUAGCCCAGCCAUGUUGACGACUGAUUUUACAACGAAAGAAAGUUUAAGUUACGACAGUAAUGCAGUAUUUGGGAAUGAAGAGUCGACUGAAGAUGAUAAGAGCAAUUAUGGGAAUCAAAUUAGUGACUGGAAGAGCUUUGAUAAGUUACUUGAAUCAGAAGUAGUUGAGCCUUCGUCAUAUUCUUACACAAACCUGUUAUUAAUGUCCCAAAACAAUGAGCAAAAUGUUCAAAACGAUGUCAGCCAAGUACUUGACUGCUUUCCUAACGUGUAG